AUACGAGAUUUUCUGAAUUGAUUAAAACAGCUAUAACCAAUCUCAUUUUGUAAUAAACCCUCUUUGAAGUUGGAGGUAACAUCUUCAAUGGCUUCUUCUGCAAUAUUUCCUCUUCUCUUACUUUCCCUUUUGCCCUUUCUGCCCUUGUAUGCUACUUCUAAUGUAACUUUGGGCUCAUCACUUUCCACCACAAGCGAUAACCCUUCAUGGGUUUCACCUUCUGGGGAUUUCGCGUUUGGAUUCCGACAACUUAACAAUACCGACAUUUUCUUGCUUGCGAUAUGGUACGCCCAAUUGCCCGAUCAAACCAUAGUUUGGCACGCAAACACAACAAGUCCAGUGCAAACAGGAUCAAACAUCAAACUCACAACGAAUGGGCUCAAUCUAACCGAUCCCAACGGCCUAACAAUAUGGACGGCACAAUCUGCAAAUUCCACCAUCUCCUAUGGCGCGAUGCUUGACACGGGCAAUUUCAUACUUUCAGGUACUAAUACAGCUGUUUAUGUGUGGCAGAGUUUUAAUUAUCCUACGGACACAAUUUUACCAACCCAAAUACUGCCACUAGGUGGCAUGUUGUAUUCUAAGUUGUCUGAAACCAACUACGCAAAAGGAAGGUUUGAGCUCCAUUUCAUGAAUGGAACUCUCCAGCUCAAUCCCGUCGCCUGGCCAACCGAAACCCAAUACAACUAUUACUACAGUAGUGGAACAGCGAAUCUUAAUUCUUCUCUGUCUGGGUUUCAGAUAGUUUUCAGUCAAUCCGCAGAUAUUUACAUUCUUCUGGGGAAUGGGACGACUUUCCCACUAUGGCCAUAUGUCUUUCCAAACUCAAGCAACUACUAUCGUGCAACCCUAGAUUUUGACGGUGUUUUCAGGGAAUACGCUUAUCCGAAGAGUUCAGUCGGCAACGAGAGCUGGUCAGCUGUUGGAUACAUUCCUGAAAAUAUAUGUGCGGAUCUAACAACUAACGACUUGGGCAGCGGCGCAUGUGGGUACAAUAGCUACUGCAUGGCAAAUGGUUCCAGUAAUAGUUGCCAUUGCCCACCUGGGUUUUCAUUCAUCGAUCCGAAUAACGACUAUGGUGGAUGCGCACCUGACUUCCCUCAAGAUUGUGGAGUAGACAACGGAGCAGGCAACCCGGAAGACUUGUAUGAUAUGAUUGAGGUUCAAAACAUUAACUUUCCGUUCGGAGACUAUGAUAGUUUGGGUCCGUACAAUCUAACACAGUGUGAACAAGCUUGUUUGCAGGAUUGUAAUUGUGUUGUUGCCAUAUUCAAUGGCAUAUUAUGUUGGAAGAAGAGAUUGCCAAUGUCAAAUGGGAGACAACAGACUGCAAUGGCUAUUUUCAAAGUGAGGAAACAUAGUGUUGCUAACACUACUCUUUUAGGUGGUUCUUCUGAUCCAAUUUCCAACUCCAAGAGAGACAAGCUAGUUUUUUGGUUGUCACUUCUUUCUGGAAGCUCAGGACUCUUCAAUAUCCUAUCACUAGGCGUGAUUUCUCUGUUGAUUUUCAAAAGUCGUCGGAGAAAAUCAAGAGAGGCCAUUCGUGACUCAAGCGUCUUUGAAACAAAUUUGCAUGUUUUCACUUUUGAAGAGCUAAAAAAGGCAACAGAUGGGUUCAGGGAAGAACUGGGAAGCGGUUCAUUCGGCAUUGUCUACAAAGGCGUACUGAAAUAUGGUUCUAAGACUCAAGUUGCAGUCAAGAAGUUGGACAAGUUGUCACAAGGACGAGAUAGGGAAUUCAAAGCCGAAGUGACUGCGAUUGGGAGAACCCAUCACAAGAAUCUGGUCCAAUUGCUGGGCUAUUGUUAUGAGGGGACACACAGGCUUCUAGUGUAUGAGUUCAUGAGCAAUGGCAGUUUGGCGGAUUUCCUCUUUGGCAUCCCAAGACCUGAUUGGUAUCAUAGGGUCCAGCUAGCUCUAGGGAUUGCUAGAGGACUGGUAUACUUACAUGAAGAUUGCAGUACCCCAAUAAUCCAUUGUGACAUAAAGCCUCAAAACAUACUCAUCGACGAAUUGUUCAUACCACGAAUUUCUGACUUCGGACUGGCAAAAUCCUUAGUGCUCAAUCAAACUCGAACGCAUACAGGGAUAAGGGGUACUCGAGGAUACGUCGCUCCAGAGUGGUUUAGAAAUGUACCUGUGACAGUUAAAGUUGACGUAUAUAGCUUUGGUGUCAUGUUGCUCGAGAUUAUUUGUUGCAGAAAGAGUGUCGCACAGGAGUUUGAAGAUGAAGAGAGAGCAAUAUUAACAGACUGGGCCUAUGAUUGCUUUAGAGAAGGGACUCUCGAUGCUUUAGUGGAAAACGAUGACGCUGCUAUGAAUGAUAUUGAAACAUUGCGAAGGUGGGUCAUGACAGCAAUCUGGUGUGUUCAGGAGGAUCCGUUGCGAAGGCCUGCAAUGAGUACGGUCUUGCGAAUGCUGGAAGGAUAUGUCAAAGUUUCAAGUCCUAUCUGAACUAAUUCUUCGAUCUAUGCAACUUCUUGGACCGUACGUGAAGACAAAGAUGGAGGAAGAUCAUUUUUUCUAUUUUUCUUUUCUAUUCUCCUAUUCCAAAGGACUGUGUGCACGAAUUUUUCUUAUUGUAGUGGGCAAAUUUGAAGCAGGUGGAUCAUAUAUGUGAUGAUGUGAAAGUUGUGAAUGCAUAACCAUUGUGAAAAUAAACAAUUUUGGCUU